CGCACAUGCAGUGACGGAGUCUGAUGUUGACAUCAAAAUAGACGGGUAGACGGGACCCACCACUCAAUAAUAAUAAUAAUAUGUUUAUUCCAACGUAACAAGCAAGGGUCGAGGAGUCAUAGAUUGAUCAAUAUUCAGAUAAAAAUAUAACAGAAAGCUAAUGCCUGCUGAAAAAAGUCAGCUAGAAGAAGAAACAUUCAUCACAACUGGGCUGAAAAGCAACAGCACAUCUCAAAAUGCAGCCAACUAGCUGUCAUAUCGACCUGGAGACUUGUGAAGACAUAGAAAAGCCAACGGACAAAGAGGAGUCGUGCCAUGCUUCUACAAUGCCCCCUGGUUGGAUCAGAGAAGUGAGGCAACGGAAAGCCGGCAAGACUGCAGGCAAACUGGAUAUCUACAUUAUAAGUCCCCAAGGGCAGAAGUUUCGCUCAAGAGCAUCCCUGCAGGCCUUCCUUCUAAAAAAUGGAAUGGGAAACUUUGACAUAAGGUUAUUUGACUUUACUCCACGCAAGGAUGACAUCACCAAUUCAAAAAUAGUCUCCUCCCAAACAAAACAAAGGAAACGGAACAAAAAGACUGUGGAUGGACAACAGGAUACAUCACAAAUACUAGAUCCACCUCCAACCACAUCUAAAAGAUCACCUUCUACCUCUUGUAUUCAUACUAAAGAAGCAAAGGUAAAUGAUGCAUUAGACAAUAUCCAUAUUAAUACUGAUGUCACAAUUACCCGGAGCACAGAUGUAUUAGAAGUAUGUUCUGGUCAGACUCAUAAAAGUGCAAAAUGCUGUAUAGAAAUGACAUCUGCAACCACAGAGGACGAUGGUAAAGUGCAGGAUAGCCCCCAGAGGAUGGGGUCACUGAGGGAGAAGCUGCUCAGACUAAAUACUGGCCUUAAACAGCAGGACACCUUGCGUGCUCAUCAGGACACCCAAUCAGACUCUCAGCCUUCCUUCCCGACUCUGAGUGUUGAACCAGCACCUGAGAGUGAGAACAAGGGUGAGGAUGAACAAGAUGGAGAUAAGAUACAGAUUCACAGCAAAGGUGACAAGAAGCCUAUUUUAGACGUGAGGACUGACACCGACAGUCUGAAUGUGGAAGCGGAGGUGUUAUUACCUGACAUCCCAAGUGGGAGCUGCACACCAUUGAGAGAUUCCCAGAAUAGGUCAAAGAAGCUGGAAGUCAAACGGAAAACAAGCCCUUACUUCAGUGGGAAAAACUUACGAGAUGGCAUUAGCCCACCAAGGAGGAAGGCUUUUAAGAAGUGGACCCCCCCUCGUUCUCCUUACAACCUGGUGCAGGAAACCCUUUUCCAUGAUCCAUGGAAACUCCUAGUGGCCACUAUUUUUCUUAACAAAACCAGUGGAAAGAUGGCCAUACCAGUUCUCUGGCAGUUCUUUGAGCGUUACCCAUCUGCAGAGGUGGCACGGGAGGCAGAAUGGAAGCCCAUGUCUGAGAUUUUGAGGCCACUCGGACUUUAUGAGCUCAGGGCAAAAAUAAUUAUCCGCUUUUCAGAUGAGUAUCUAACUAAACAGUGGCGCUAUCCCAUCGAGCUGCACGGUAUUGGGAAGUACGGCAAUGACUCAUACAGGAUCUUCUGUGUGGGAGAGUGGAAACAAGUGACACCUGAAGACCACAAGUUGAACAAAUACCACACCUGGCUGUGGGAGAACCAUGAGACACUUGGAAUCUAGAAUAAGACAAACACUACAUAAAAAACAACAAUGAAGAGCAAAAAAUAGAACAAAUUAUUUUAUGAACA